AUGGCGAAAGCAGGGCAGAGAAAAAAGAAGCGCACACACGUAGUCUCAGCUGAGAAGAAUGUACCUAGAUCAUUUGUAAUUCACACAGGCACAGUGUCGCAGCCCGUAGAACAAUUAGAAAGAGAUGUUCGGUCAGUGAUGGAGCCAUACACAGCAACCUCGCUUAAGGUCAGCAAAAAGAAUGUGAUCAAGGAUUUUGUAUCAAUCGCUGGACCCAUGGGAGUCACACACUUCAUGGUAUUCGGACAGACAGACAGUGGGGUAAAUAUGCGAUUAGCUCGACUACCACGAGGACCUACAGCCACGUUCAGGGUAUCGGAAUAUGCAUUACAUACAGACGUACAAGCACAGCAAAAGCGGCCAAAAUCGAUAAGUACGGAGAAUAGGCACGCAGCGUUGCUGAUCCUGAACAAUUUCUCGAAGGAGAAAUUUCAUCACAAACUGCUGUCGACACUAUUCCAAAAUAUGUUCCCGGCAUUAGAUAUACAAAGACUAAACUUAAACGAUGUACAGAGGUGCGUGUUAGUUAAUUACGUAGAGGAGACGAAUACUUAUGAAUAUAGGCAUUACAGAGUAAGUGUGCAAGCGACGGGGGUAUCACGAUCGGUGAAGAAGAUUAUACAGUCACGCAUACCGAAUUUAGGAAGAUUGAGCGAUAUAUCUGAAUUUGUAACGUCGCAAGUGGGAUAUGGAGCGGCAUCGGACAGCGAGUUUGAAGACGAAGAGGCGAAUGUUACGCUCCCACAGAACAUGUCUGGUGUGGGCAAUGUGCGAAACCACCAGUCAGCUAUCAAGCUUGUGGAGCUUGGCCCGAGAAUGAAUCUGCAAUUGAUCAAGAUACAGCAAGGAUUCUGUGAGGGUGAGGUGGUACACCACGAGUUUAUGAGCAAGACCCCUGAGGAAGCGGCAGCCAUGAAGGCGAAGGUCAAGAAACAGAAGGAGCUCAAAAUCAAGCGGAAAAAGGAGCAGGAGGCAAAUGUCAAGCGAAAGGCGGACGAGAAGGCAGCACGCAAGCAGAAGAAGAAGGCUGCUGUGGAGGCAGGCGAGGAGGAAGCGGAGGGAUCGGAUUACCUGCAAUCAGACAGCGACGACUCAGAGGUCGACGAAACCGAGUCUGCCAAGCCAACCGAAGAGAGUGCCAUGUACGACGACGAGAAGGACGAUGCUGAUUACUACAGGGAGGCUGUGGGAGAAGAGCCGGCUGCCGAUCUAUUCCGUCGUAGAAAGUCAGAGGCCGAGCUUGAGGCCGAGAAGAGCGCCAAGACUGCUGGCACGAGGGGUGGUCGUGGUGGCAAAGGUGGCGACAGAGGCACGAAACGACCGCAUGGCGCUGAUAACAACGAUGAGGACGAUGAUAGCAAUCAGGACGGGGGUGAAGACGACGAGGAUAAGAAGAGCACAAAGCGCGUGGACUACGGCAAGUCCACUACGUAUGUGCAGAAUAAGCGUGGGGGUGGCCCUGGACAGCCCUCUCGUGGCGGUAGCAGUAGAGGCAGAGGUGGUGCGAGAGGUAGAGGCGCUGGGAGAGGCAGGGGACGGGGUGGAAGCCGAGGAGGGUUUGUACGCCAUGCUAAGAAAUUGUAA